AUGGUGUCAUCCAAGAAGGUGUGCAUGAUCGGCGCCGGCGUCUCGGGGCUAGCGUCUGCCCGCGAGCUGCUCCGGGAGGGCCACGACGUGACGGUCAUGGAGCAGAGCAGCGGCGUCGGCGGGCAGUGGCUGUACGACCCGAGGACGGACGGCGGCGACCCCCUCGGCGCGGCCGGCGCGCACAGCAGCAUGUACGCCUCCGUCCGGCUCAUCAGCCCGAGGGAGCUGACGUGCUUCUCCGACUUCCCCUUCUUCCCCAGCAACGACGGCACCGGCGACGCCCGGCGGUACCCGGGGCACGCGGAGUUUCUCAGGUACAUCAGGGACUUCUGCGAUGCAUUCGGGCUCAUGGACGUCGUCAGGCUCAACACCAAGGUCCUGCACGUCGGCCUGGCGCCGCCGCUCGCCGCUGACGACGGCGUGAAGCGGUGGACGGUGAGGUGGUCGAGACAUGGUGACUGCGAGGGCGACGCGGUCACCACGGAGGAGGUGUUCGACGCCGUCGUCGUCGCCGUCGGCCAAUACACCCAGCCACGGCUCCCAACCAUCAGCGGCAUGGACAAGUGGAGCAGGAGGCAGCUGCACUCCCACUCGUACCGGGUCCCGGACUCCUUCGACGGCGAGGUGGUGGUGAUCGUGGGCUUCCAUGAGAGCGGCAAGGACAUCGCGCAGGAGCUCUCCGGGGUGGCGAGGGAGGUGCACGUCAGCGUCAAGUCCAUGGAGGGCCUCACUCCCGCCGUCUCCAAGGCUGUCGCCAGGCACCACAACCUGCACCUGCACCUCCAGAUUGAGUGCUUGUGUGAGGAUGGGCAGGUGACGUUCGCCGACGGCUCGCGUGUCGUCGCCGACUCCAUCAUCUACUGCACUGGGUACGACUUCUGGUUCCCGUUCCUGGACACGGGUGGCCUGCUCACCGUCGACGACAACCGCGUCGGCCCGCUGUUCGAGCACACGUUCCCGCCGGCGCUGGCGCCGUCGCUGUCCUUCGUGGGCGUUCCCAGGCUGGUACUGGUGCCGCGGUUCUACGAGGCGCAGGCGAGGUGGGUGGCGCAGGUGCUGUCUGGCCGGAGGCCGCUGCCGCCGGAGGAGGAGAUGCUGCGCUCCGCGGAGGAGUACCACCGCGCCAGGGAGGCGACCGGCGUGCCCAGGCGCCUCUCGCACACCGUCUUCUUCGACAUGGACUACUGCGACGAGUUUGGGGCCAAGCACUGCGGCUUCCCGCCGUUGGAGGGGUGGAAGAGGGACUUCCUGUCGUCGGCUGUCGCACGCGUCAGGGACGGCGACGUGGAGAGCUACCGUGACAGCGACCUUGUCCUGGAGGGCUUGCGCUCCGAGGGAUGGUGA